CCUGAAAUCAUUUUGGCGGAAACAUUGUGGUUUUGGCGGAAACCGUCCCCAAAUUUCACUGCCUAGGAAACCCUAGCUACCACUGUGUUGACAGAGAAGAGAGAAAGAAGAGUUGAAGAAAGAGAGGGAAAGAGAAAGAGAGUCAAUCGGGGAAGAGGAAUGGGAAAAGACGAUGAGGAGAUGAGGGGGGAGAUAGAAGAAAGACUCAUAAACGAAGAAUACAAAAUAUGGAAAAAGAACACUCCUUUCCUCUACGAUCUGGUCAUCACUCAUGCUCUCGAGUGGCCCUCCCUUACCGUCGAGUGGUUACCCGACCGCGAGGAGCCUCCUGGGAAGGAUUACUCCGUACAGAAGAUGAUUCUCGGUACUCACACCUCCGAGAACGAGCCAAACUACCUCAUGCUUGCCCAGGUCCAGCUUCCCCUCGAUGAUGCUGAGAACGAUGCCCGCCAAUACGACGACGACCGCUCUGAUUUUGGCGGCUUCGGAGCUGCCAAUGGCAAGGUCCAAAUAAUUCAGCAAAUCAAUCACGAUGGGGAGGUUAACAGGGCUCGUUAUAUGCCUCAAAACCCUUUUAUUAUUGCUACUAAGACUGUUAGUGCUGAAGUUUAUGUCUUUGACUACAGCAAACACCCAUCAAAGCCCCCUUUAGAUGGUGCUUGUACUCCUGAUUUGAGAUUGAGAGGCCAUAGCACUGAAGGUUAUGGUUUAUCUUGGAGUAACUUUAAACAAGGCCACUUGCUUAGCGGUUCCGAUGAUGCUCAAAUUUGUUUGUGGGACAUCAAUUCCACUCCUAAGAACAAGUCUCUCGAUGCUAUGCAAAUUUUUAAGGUUCAUGAAGGUGUUGUAGAAGAUGUUGCUUGGCAUCUGAGACAUGAAUAUUUAUUUGGCUCUGUUGGGGAUGAUCAGUACCUGCUUAUAUGGGAUCUCCGAACUCCAGGAAACACAAAGCCUGUCCAAUCAGUUGUUGCACACCAGAGUGAGGUUAACUGCUUGGCUUUUAAUCCUUUCAAUGAAUGGGUUGUUGCAACGGGAUCCACUGACAAAACUGUCAAGUUAUUUGAUUUACGGAAAAUCAGCACAGCGCUACACACGUUUGACUGUCACAAGGAGGAGGUUUUCCAAGUUGGUUGGAAUCCAAAGAAUGAAACUAUCUUAGCGUCUUGUUGCCUUGGUAGGAGGCUCAUGGUCUGGGAUCUUAGCAGGAUUGAUGAUGAACAGACACCAGAAGAUGCUGAAGAUGGCCCUCCAGAGUUGCUUUUUAUUCAUGGUGGCCACACAAGUAAAAUAUCAGAUUUUUCAUGGAAUCCAUGUGAAGACUGGGUGAUUGCAAGUGUUGCUGAAGACAACAUCCUUCAGAUAUGGCAAAUGGCAGAGAAUAUCUACCAUGAUGAAGAUGACAUACCUGGAGAUGAAUCCACCAAAGGAUCCUAAGUGUAUUUUCCAUUGCUUUGGGAGCCUAGGGUGUUGGAUAAAUGUCAAUUAUAAAAUAGGUAGCUUAGUAUUAUUUAUUUCUUUUCUUUUUUAUUCUCUUUGUAAUGUUUGCCAAUCUGGCCUCCAAUAUUCGUUGGCUCCCUGUUGAGCUCAGGAAAGACCUAUUUUUGAAUUGGAAGCAUAGUGAUCCAUAAUAUUUAUAUAUGUAGAACUUGAUUACUAUUUGCAUUCA